UCUCUCAGUCUUUGUCUCUCGUCCCAUUCAUUACUUAAAAACCCAAAUCUUUCAAUCAUAAUUCUUCUUCCUUCACUUGUUGACUCUCUCUCUCUCUCUCUCUGAAUCUCGCACUCACCGCCGAGAAACCAUGACCAGCAACGACCGUGAUUCGCUUCCGUUAGGCAGACCCGGAGACGAGUUCUCCGGUUCUAAAACAUACGCCAUGAGCGGCAAAAUCAUGCUCAGCGCGAUUAUAAUCCUCUUCUUCGUCGUCAUUUUGAUGGUCUUCCUCCAUCUCUACGCCCGUUGGUAUCUCCUCCGUGCUCGUAGACGUCAUCUCCGCCGUCGUAGCCGUAACCGCCGCGCUACUAUGGUUUUCUUCACCGCUGAUCCUUCCGCCGCCGCCGCUUCUUCCGUCGUCGCUUCGCGUGGACUCGAUCCGAACGUCAUUAAAUCUCUCCCCGUGUUUACGUUUUCCGACGAGACUCAUAAAGAUCCGAUCGAAUGCGCCGUUUGUUUGUCGGAGUUCGAAGAGAGCGAAUCGGGUCGGGUUUUGCCCAAUUGCAAACAUACGUUUCAUGUUGAUUGCAUCGACAUGUGGUUUCAUUCUCAUUCCACUUGUCCUCUCUGUCGCGCUCUCGUUGAGCCUCUCGCCGGGAUUGAAUUAACGGCGACGACGACGGCUGAGGAGCAAGUUGUGAUUGCGAUCGAUUCUGAUCCGGUUUUGGUUACUGAACCGGGUUCGAGCUCCGGAUUGAGGUGCGAGCCAAAUGGUUCUGGAUCUUCUCCGACGCCGACUGAUAAUUCCGGGAGAAAACCGACGGCGAUUGAGGUUCCGAGGAGGAACUUCAGCGAGAUAGAAGACGAGUUGACUCGGAGAGAAUCGCCGGCGAGUCACUCGUUUAGAUCGCCGAUGAGUCGGAUGUUAUCUUUCACUAGGAUGUUGAGUAGAGAUAGAAGAAGCGCUUCGUCUCCUAUCGCCGGAGCUACGCCGCUAUCUCCGUCGUCGACCUGCCGGAUACCGGUGACAGAGUCGGAUAUUGAGCGGGGAGUAGAGGAGACUCGGUGACUUGCCACGUGGUUGUGUGCUAUUGGUUUUGAUAUUCACCGCCGAGUAAAAGUAAUUAACAACAAGUAAAGUGGAUAAGUCAACAAGUCUAGGUGUUGAAAUUUUCAGCGCAAAUGGAAACGUGGCGUAAUCUUAGCUUCCAGCGAAUCAAUAUCCACCGUCUAUUUAUGAUUAGAUCAGAUAGUGUUUGACGAUGUACAAAGUCAGGUCGUCUCAACGUAUUGAAUCAAUUUUUACAUUUGUUAUUGAUCACUCUUUAUGUAAUAAUACCACCAAUUCAAUUCAAUGGUCAUAUAAUUUCAUAAUUGUGAUA